AGUGCAGACAGCAGGCUGCGGGUGAACAAGUUUCACUUCCAGGUUUCGAGCAACUGAUGAAACUUACUCAAGCGUUUGUGGUUUAAAUCAUCAGACGUGAUGCUCGAGCAUUAUCACCACGAGCAGUAGGAAGCGAAGAGCGCUUCUGUCACAGCGCGGGGGCGAAGCAGUUGCAGAGCAGAGCUGGGAUUCAGACGGCGCUCGACGGCCGACCAUGGCUCUGCUCUGGGCGAUGCUGCCGGUGUUUCUGGUCUGUGCAGAGGCCCAGAACGUGACUGAGGUCAGGGGGAAACUGGGUGGGAGCAUCAACUUGAAAUGCUCCGAGAAUUUCUCAAACAUUUACUGGUACAUGGAGAUCCAUAGCCGGUUCCGUGUGGAAAUCCUUCGUACCUUUUCUCAAAACUCUGAACCUAGCUACUGCUCUGUGGAUUUUAAAUCCAAAUUUUCGAUCCAGAGAAACGAACUUGUGAUCACAAACAUCACGUCAGGAGAGUACAGGCUCUACUUCUGUGCCAAGAGGAUACAGGACAGAAUUUCUUACGUGGACGCCAUCCGCCUCGUCUCAGACGUCGCGGCCGCUCCGUCCACCGACGACUGCGAGCGGCGCAACGGGACAGCGUGGUGGAGUAGCUACCUCACGUACAGCUCCCUCACCCUGAACGCCUUCCUCACCCUAACAGUAACCGGUUUGGUGGGUAGGUCACUUCAUUUGAAGAGGAAGAAGAGAAACCUGCGGGUGAAUGACCCUUCAGGGGUCAGGAAUGGUAACACGGCGACCGUGGAGACACCGCAGUACCAGGAGAUCCAGCUCUCCCCCCACACAAUCCCUCCACCUGCUGCUCCUCCAGAGUGUAUCUACUACAAAGCUCAGCUUCCUCGGUCCAGGAUACCUUUACGCUGACAGAGCCCGGACACCGGCUCACCUGGACGCCUGGAUGGUACGCGUGCAACUGGUCUGCCUCCCUGUAGUCUUUACAUUUGACAUUUCGACCCUUGGGACCAAUAUUUGAACCAGAAGUGAAAAGGGUUCUGUGUUCCUUUACCUCAGAGAAUCGAUUUGGAAACUGAAAAAUUAUUACUUGUGACUGAGAGGGUUUGUGGUGGUUCUGGACUGACGGAGGGUCCGUUGAGUUAUUUGUUCUGGAAGGUCAUGAAAAUCAACAAAUGGACGCCGAGACUUUUCUGGUCGUGUUUCGGUGAGUUACGCCGUUUUACAACCUUUUCUGCUGAGAGGAGCGAGCUCGGACUCUGCAGCAACUUAUAGCCACACCUGGUCAGGACUGGGUUUAAGGUGCUUUAAAAUUUAAGGUGGCUGAGGAACUCUGGGUUGCAGCCGAAAAAACCAAGUAAUGUGAUUGUAGUAGUUUUUAUUUAGUUCUGCCCGUGAGAGGGUGUGAAGGCGGCGAACCGCUCGGGAAACCGGCCUCAGUCACCGAGUCUUAAAUGAGGCCGUUGUCUUCCUGAAAAACAUCACUAACACAUGGUUUCAGUCACAAAGCGUUAACUUCCUCUUCAGACUGCGAGGCCCCCCCGACGACCUUUGACCUAGGGCCUCUCAGACAACACACGGCUCCCGCUCUACAUACGUGACCAUACACCUCAUUAUGUUCUUUGGGAAGGUGAAAAUUAAAGCGGUGAUGUGGUGGAGUCAAAACGACGCGGCACGAAGUCAUAACUCUGCUGUGAUAUAUCCAAGUUUUGACUGUGUAGGUCAGUGCAGUCAGAUGGAGUCAUUUAAUGUCACGUUAGCGUUUCUAGUUAUUAUUAGUGGCUAUUUGGUUUCAAAGCUGAGCUACUAGACUUGUUUCUGAUCUUUCUCACCAUUUAUUUGGUCCGGAUAUUUUUCUUUCUUCGGGCCGAGAGGGACGUGUGCUUCACAUUCAGUCUGAAGGACCCUCAGAACGGGACGUCUGCCCAGCAGCUUAGAGGCUGAGACCGCUCCGCUCGUGCAGUCCGGCGGAGACCUGGGUCUCAGGCGAUCUAACGUCGGGUCGGCCUCGUGAUGCGGCAAGCGGUGGGGUUGAAGCAAGUGGCCGCCGCGACCGAGUCCUCGCUGGCUUAAGGCCAGAUUAAUGACGGGCAGCGACUGGCCCGUCCGAGUCUGAUCGAGUACCUUUUCUCCCGCUAAGCCCACCGGCUUCCGAUCGGUUGGCUUGAUGUUUCUGAUGUUCCCGUGCCCCGUUUAAAGUUCAGCAUGACCUCAGAUCUGUCUUCCGUGUAAGGCUCUGAGUCUUAAAUUAGUCAAGCUUACUGUAAAAUGCUUCCCGUUCCUGCGAGAGCUUAGUCAGCAACUUUGGAUCUGCCAGACCUCAGUUAGCACGUCAGGGCCCCUUCGAUGUGGUUUGUCGUCGUUCAGCAGUGUUUAAAUUUGCCCGUGACCUGAAUUCCAACCUCAAGUUUCCGGCCCAUUAAGCAACAUCGUUCCAUUAUUGCAUUACUCCACAGUUCGAUGGGAAAUGUGCGAUUAUUCGUACGAUGCUGAAAGCCGCUGUCACAUCCUCGUGUUUAUUAGAUCGUCAAGACUCGGGAGACUCCGCUGUCAACCCGUCCGAGCAAAACUACGCAGUGGGGAUGGAAUUUCCUGUCUCUGGGGCCAGUGCUGCUACAGUUACCAUUGGAGCGGUGCAAAACAAGACAGUCAGUUUAAGGUAAUACGGGGUGCCAAGAAACAAAGACAGGACAAGACCGUGUAAAGAGCAAAGCUGUAGGAUCUAAAUACAGUAAGCUAGUGACUGUUUCUAAUCACUUUCCCAUGUUGGACUUCUCUAAGCUCUUUGCCCCAGUUGUUGGUUUUAGGUCACAUUUGAAUUUCAGUCUUAAGACCUAGCGUAACUAACAAAGUUCCUCUAUGUUAUGACUUGUACCUCAGUUCCUUUAAAUAAUUCUGGUCUACAGUCUCUCUCUCUCUCUUUUUUUUUGAUGCUGCAAAUGAAGAAAACAUGUACAUUUCUUCCCUCAUUGGUUGUUAGAUUGACGACAACCUCUUUAUCAGAUCGGAUCUUUCAGUGAGUGAGUCUAAAUAAAACGAGUUCCAGUUCAUUGUAAUUUAAGAUAUAACCAGUAGCUUCUUAGCACAUGACUGCGGUUGAUUGCACAUAACAACGUGCAACUUAUGAGGAAACACCUUCAACACUUAAGCCACAUUUUUCAAAG